GACCCAGACCCAUUCACCUCUCUCUCUCUCGCUCUUUACUUUUCUUACUUUCUCCCCCGAGCUCGAACUCGAAGUCGUCGUCGGCGUCGUCUUCUUCCUUCUUCUUCCACAUCUUCACUCUCAGUCACCAAUCCGGCGGCCCGUGGAGGACGAACCGCGGCGGUGGAAUCUUCGAGUAUCCGGUCAGCGAAGGCCGGCAGGGGUUUUGAUCGGUCAACGCCGCCGCGAUUUGGGAAAUUUAGGGAUUCGCGCUUUUUUAUGAGGAGGAAGACGACUCUCUGAGCGCGGCGGGAAAUGAUGUUCUCGGCGAGCAAGGCCGGGGUGGUUCUACUAGUCUCGGCCUUUCUUCUUCAAAUUUACAAGCUCUCCGCCAACGUCGAAGGUGACGCACUGAACGCGUUGAAGAGCAGCUUGGCGGAUCCUAACAAUGUGCUGCAGAGCUGGGAUCCUACUCUGGUCAAUCCCUGCACCUGGUUUCACGUCACCUGCAAUAGCGAGAACAGCGUCACCAGAGUUGAUCUCGGAAAUGCUAAUCUCUCUGGUACGCUGGUGACGCAGCUCGGCUCGCUCCCCAACUUACAGUACUUGGAGCUGUAUAGCAAUAACAUAACUGGACCUAUUCCAGUCGAGCUUGGCAGUUUGCAAAACUUGGUCAGUUUGGAUCUUUACUUGAACAAAUUAGAUGGUGGCAUUCCGGACACACUUGGAAAUCUUGGAAAGCUGCGUUUCCUGCGUCUCAACAACAAUACUUUGAUGGGGAAAAUUCCCUAUUCGCUGACUAAAAUUGGAUCAUUGCAAGUCCUGGAUCUUUCAAACAACAAUCUUACUGGAGAUAUUCCGGUCGAUGGUUCCUUUUCACUCUUUACUCCUAUCAGUUUUGCAAAUAAUCCUAAUUUGAAGGAUCUUCCAGCUACUCCACCUCCUGCUGUUACUCCUCCACCUAGUUCUUUUUCAGGUAACAGCCGUACUGGGGCUAUUGCCGGAGGAGUUGCUGCUGGUGCUGCUUUGCUGUUUGCUGCACCUGCAAUUGCACUUGCUUGGUGGCGGCGAAGAAAGCCUCAGGACCAUUUCUUUGAUGUACCUGCUGAGGAGGAUCCUGAAGUUCAUUUAGGACAGCUCAAAAGGUUUUCUUUACGCGAGCUACAAGUUGCAACUGAUACCUUUAGUAAUAAAAAUAUUCUAGGUAGAGGUGGAUUUGGUAAGGUCUAUAAAGGGCGUUUAGCUGAUGGUUCUCUGGUGGCUGUUAAAAGACUUAAAGAGGAGAGAACCCAAGGUGGGGAGCUACAGUUCCAAACAGAAGUAGAGAUGAUUAGCAUGGCGGUUCACCGAAAUCUGCUUCGCCUGCGUGGUUUUUGCAUGACACCCACAGAAAGACUGCUUGUAUAUCCAUAUAUGUCUAAUGGAAGUGUAGCAUCAUGUUUAAGAGAGCGCCCGGAAUCACAACCUCCACUUGAUUGGCAAAAGAGGAAACGUAUUUCAUUGGGAUCUGCUAGGGGCCUUGCUUAUUUGCAUGAUCACUGUGAUCCAAAAAUUAUUCACCGUGAUGUAAAAGCUGCAAAUAUUUUGUUGGAUGAGGAAUUUGAAGCAGUCGUUGGAGAUUUUGGGUUAGCUAAACUCAUGGAUUACAAGGAUACACAUGUCACUACUGCCGUCCGUGGUACUAUUGGACAUAUAGCACCGGAGUAUCUCUCAACUGGAAAAUCUUCAGAGAAAACUGACGUUUUUGGAUAUGGAGUCAUGCUUCUUGAACUAAUAACUGGACAGAGGGCUUUUGAUCUUGCUCGGCUUGCAAAUGACGAUGAUGUCAUGUUACUUGAUUGGGUGAAAGGUCUGUUGAAAGAUCGAAGAUUGGAAGCACUUGUGGAUGGUGAUUUACAAGGUGAGUAUAUCGAUGAAGAGGUAGAGCAGCUGAUCCAAAUUGCUCUUCUCUGUACAUCAGGCUCCCCCGGAGAAAGACCUAAGAUGUCAGAGGUUGUUAGAAUGCUUGAAGGUGAUGGUUUAGCGGAAAGAUGGGAGGAAUGGCAAAAGGAGGAAAUGUUCCGUCAAGACUACAAUCCCAUUCACCAUCCAAGUACUAACUGGAUCCUCGACUCAACUUCCCAUAUCCCCCCUGACGAGUUAUCUGGUCCCCGAUGAUACCGUCCCGGGUUCAACUCUGUAUACAAUGUAAGAGGUAAUUGGGAAAAGCCCCAUUUUGUAAUUCAGUGAUACCACAUUUGUGUAUAUGAUAUCUUUUCUUUUGCUUUUGUUUUCCGA